AUGUCGAAUUAUCAGAGUUCUGGAAGCCAUGACAAGUCCGUCGUAACACCACCACCAGCUACAAAUUGUCCGAGAUGUGAUUCUCCGAAAACAAAGUUUUGCUAUUACAACAAUUAUAGUCUUUCUCAACCAAGAUAUUUCUGUAAGACAUGUAAAAGGUAUUGGACAAAAGGCGGAGCGCUUCGUAAUGUCCCCAUAGGUGGUAGUUGCAGGAAAACAAAGAAGAUUAGUAGAUCAUUCUCCAGUGACUCAAAGGACUCUUCUAGCGCUUCUUCAUAUUCAGAUUUGGGCAGAUUCGGGUUCUCAGAUGGUCCGGAUUUUCAAAUUGGGGAAGGACUUAUAGAUGUUCCAAGAUCCAACAAUACUUCAAAUAUACCUACUAUCCGCGGUCAACUAGUAUCUUCAACUAUGAACAAUCCAAUAGUACCAAUUUCAUCAGGUAGUAUUCCAAACUUCGGGUUGAACCCCGACUCUCAAACUAAUUUAAGUCAAUUUGUGGCUCCCAAUGAUUUUUCUUUAUGUUAUUCCUCUUCGUCUUCCAUCCUUAAACAAUAUCAUGUAGAGAAUAAUGUUGUAAGCUUUAAUGAUGGAUUAGCCCCGGAGAUGGUACCUGUAAUUGGUAAUCUUUCUUCUUCUAUGGACUCAUUUGGUUCAAUUAGUCAAGAUUUAUAUUUGAAUUUACCACAAGAAAGGAUGGGGGAGCCAUUUAGUUCAACCGAUCUUGACUGGGAGUUACAACAAGAAGGGAUGAACAUGAUGCUAAGUGGAGGAAGUAGUAACAUUUAUCAACAGCCGAGCAACAUGAUUGAAACUACUAACAAUCUUGAAAACCUGGCUCCACUUCUGAAGCCAUAUCCGGCAUCAUUUCAGGAUUUGGAGAUUUCUUCAGAACCAUCAAAUAUUUCAAGGAAAGAGGAUAAUGGAGUAGCUAAUGUUGAAACUACAAAUGUACCAAUUGAGUGGCAUUUUGGUGAUUCUAGUUAUGCACCUGCUGUGAAUGCAAUUCCAAGCAUUGAUGGGAAUGGCAACAAAAUUGAAGGAUGGAGCGUCUUCGAUCAAUACCCAUCACUACCUUGA